CGCCACGCCUCCCAGUCGCAGCGAAGCCUCCCUUCUCCCUCCUCCUGACCUCCUCCUCAACGGCGCGCGGUGGUGGUAGGUGGUUUGCGUUUGACCGCGCCAACCCCGCCGGCCGGCCGCCUAUAAAAACGCCCCCGCACCUCCCACGCCUCGCCGGCAGCAGCCAGCGUUCCAGCAGCUGUUGUAAUUACACGUACACGUACAGUACCCAUUGCCGCUGCCGCGUCCACCAGCAUUCAUUCAUUGAUUUCACAGCCCAUCGCCUCACCUACUGCCUCCAAACCAACCCCCUCCGAUCCCUCGGUCGCCGAUCGAGUGACGUCGUGACGACGACCAUGGACUCGGCGACGACGUCGGGGGCGAUGGAGCUGGUGGCGGCGCUGCUGCGGGGCCGGGUGCCGCCGGAGCUGAUGGGCGGGGACGGCGCCGAGGGCCGGGCGCUCGUCGCCACGCUCGCCGCCGCCGUGCUCGGCGCCGCGCUCUUCGUGCUCUGGAGGCGCGCCGCCGCCGGGAAGAAGCGCAAGCGGGAGGCCGCCGCCGCCGCCGUCGCUGAGGCCACGGAGGUCAAGGCCAGGGCCGCUAAGGGCGGCGAAGACGAGAAGGCGGCCGACGACGGCAGGAAGAAGGUCACCGUCUUCUUCGGCACGCAGACCGGCACCGCCGAGGGGUUCGCCAAGGCGCUUGCUGAGGAGGCGAAGGCAAGAUAUGACAAGGCAAUCUUCAAAGUUGUGGACUUGGAUGAUUAUGCAGCAGAGGAUGAGGAAUAUGAGGAGAAGUUGAAGAAGGAGAAGCUAGCAUUGUUCUUCGUGGCAACGUAUGGAGAUGGUGAGCCGACCGACAAUGCUGCUAGGUUCUACAAAUGGUUCACUGAGGGAAAUGAGAGGGGUGUCUGGUUAAAUGACUUUGAGUAUGCUGUCUUUGGUCUGGGCAAUCGACAGUAUGAGCAUUUCAACAAGGUUGCCAAGGUGGUAGAUGAGAUCCUAACAGAACAAGGUGGAAAGCGCCUUGUUCCAGUUGGUCUUGGAGACGAUGACCAAUGCAUUGAGGAUGACUUCAAUGCAUGGAAAGAAGCUCUCUGGCCAGAGUUGGAUCGAUUACUUCGGGAUGAAAAUGAUGCCUCUACAGGCACUACAUACACAGCUGCUAUUCCUGAAUACCGGGUUGAAUUCAUCAAACCUGAGGAGGCAGCUCAUUUGGAGAGAAACUUCAGCCUUGCAAAUGGCCAUGCAGUCCAUGAUGCCCAGCAUCCUUGCCAGGCUAAUGUGGCUGUGCGGCGGGAGCUCCACACCCCUGCUUCUGAUCGUUCAUGCACCCAUUUGGAGUUCGACAUUGCUGGAACUGGUCUCACGUAUGAGACUGGGGACCAUGUUGGUGUAUACACCGAGAACUGCCCUGAGGUUGUAGAGGAGGCAGAGAGGUUGUUGGGCUACUCGCCAGACACAUUUUUCACCAUCCAUGCAGACAAAGAGGAUGGUACUCCACUAAGUGGCAGUUCUCUUGCUCCUCCAUUCCCCUCCCCAAUCACAGUGAGGAAUGCACUUGCUAGAUAUGCUGACCUUCUAAAUUCACCGAAGAAGACUUCUCUGGUUGCAUUAGCUACUUAUGCUUCAGAUCCGGCUGAGGCUGACCGCCUGAGAUUCUUGGCCUCUGCCGCUGGGAAGGAUGAGUAUGCUCAAUGGGUUGUGGCAAGUCAGAGGAGCCUGUUGGAAGUCAUGGCAGAGUUCCCUUCGGCAAAGCCUCCACUAGGUGUCUUCUUUGCAGCUGUUGCCCCUCGUCUUCAACCAAGAUAUUAUUCUAUUUCAUCUUCACCUAGUAUGGCAGCAACCAGGAUUCAUGUCACAUGUGCGCUCGUGCACGAAACAACACCCGCUGGAAGGGUACAUAAGGGAGUCUGCUCAACUUGGAUUAAGAAUGCUGUUCCAUCAGAAGAGAGCAAGGAUUGCAGCUGGGCUCCGAUAUUUGUGAGGCAAUCAAACUUCAAACUACCCGCUGAUCCUUCAGUGCCAAUCAUCAUGAUUGGCCCUGGGACCGGUCUUGCACCUUUCCGCGGCUUCUUGCAGGAGAGACUAGCUCAAAAAGAAUCUGGAGCUGAGCUUGGUCCAUCCGUGUUCUUCUUCGGAUGCAGAAAUAGCAAGAUGGACUUCAUCUAUGAGGAUGAGCUGAACAAUUUCCUUGAGCAAGGAGCACUGUCUGAGCUGGUUCUUGCCUUCUCGCGUCAGGGCCCUACUAAGGAAUAUGUGCAACACAAAAUGGCACAGAAAGCAUCUGAAAUCUGGGACAUGAUAUCCCAAGGUGCUUACAUCUAUGUCUGUGGUGAUGCCAAAGGCAUGGCCAGAGAUGUACAUAGAGUUCUCCACACCAUUGUUCAGGAGCAGGGCUCCCUCGACAGUUCUAAGGCCGAGAGCUUUGUGAAGAAUCUCCAAAUGGAGGGCAGAUAUCUGAGGGAUGUGUGGUAAAAAGCGAUUGUGAAAUAUGAAAAAAAAAUGGUAUUCAGGGGAUAAACACUCAUUCGCAUUACACAUGUGUACAACUAUUACCGGAAGAGUACUGACAAUGGCCUAGAUCUGAUAUUUUUAUUGGUUCUGUAUUUAUUUUUAUUUUCUCUCAUUUUCUUUCGCUUUUGAGGUUCUCCCAAGUGCCUUUUGUUUUCUUUUGUCUUUGAGGUUCUCUCAAGAGUUUUUUGUACCUAUGUAUUAUAAAUUCUUUAUAUAUAUAUAUAUGUAUAAGAUGAGGACAAUUUUGGCAAUAAGCCUCACUGUGUUAUUAGUACUA